AGUAAUCCGAUUUCUUAGAUUUAUUUAUUUACAUAACCUUUAAAAGAUAACCAUAAAAUGAUUAUUAAUGGCACACAUUAUAAUGCGCAAAAUUCAGAUAUACUACGCAUCGAUCAUCUGUGGGUUCUGCCGAACCUGACCAAGCUCUGUCUGAAUUGCAACAAAAUCGAGGUAAUCGAGCACAUUGGAAUGCUGACUGCUCUGAAGGAGCUCAACCUGAGCUUUAACUAUAUAACCAAAAUUGAGAAGCUGGAGACUUUGGUCAAUCUGGAGGUAUUAUCUUUGUUUAGCAAUCGCAUAACGAAAAUCGAAAACCUGGAGACACUAGAUAAAUUGGUCAUACUGAGCAUUGGCAACAAUUUAAUCGAUGUUUUGGAUGGCAUUGAUCGCCUGCGCUUCGUUAAUAGCUUGAGAGUACUUAACCUGGAAGGUAAUCCCAUUGCCAAGCUGCCGGACUUUCCGUUGUCCCAAUAUGUAACCGCAAUAUUGCCCCAAUUGAAUUACUAUGAAUACGUUUUCAUCAAGGAUGAAUUGCGCGAAGCGGCUCAAAAGAGAUUUUAUCGAGAACUGCGCGAAAUCGAGGGCAAGCAGGAAAAGGAAAUCCACGAUCGGGAGACGAAGGCACGCGAACUCGCCGAGGCGGAACGUUUGUCUUCCAGUUUUGUAGAGCAUCUGGAUGGCCACCAGCUGUACGAGACCAUGUGGCGAGGCGAUGAUGACGGCAGGGCUCUCAUGUUAAUUGGGCCAGGCGCACAAGAACUGGCUGAGGAGUACGAAAACGAUGUAUACGAGCUAACUCAGAAGAUUUACAAACUGGGUCUGGAGCGCUUCAGCGAGCGCGAUGCGGAAAUUAAAGAGUUUCUGGGCAGUCUACUGGAAGGGCAACAGGAGCUGCAGUCGCUCGGUCAGCAACAUAUUGAAGAAUUUAUGCAAUAUAGGGAUAAGAUCUUUGAGGAAGCGAGCAACACUCUGCGUGAACUGGAGGCUGGCGAUGAGGAUGCGCCGGAACACUUGCAACUAUGCGAAGCGAUGGACGCGCUGAAUGCGCAAUUCGAUGAUGCGCUUAAUGAGAUGUGGAACCAUCUAAUGGCACAGGAGCUGCACCUGCACGAGGCAGUCGAGGAGACCACGCUGAACUUUGAGCGCAGAAUUUCACGCUUAAUGGCCAGCUUCGUAGAGGAGGCACAAAUCUACUUUCUCCAGCUGCGCGAUGUUUGUGAGCACUUCGCGGACAACAUGACCGACGCAGUGUCGCGUUUCAUAUCGCAUAAGCUGGCGCUGCAAGAUCUGGGUGCAGUGCCUCAAGAGCUGCGUAUGUGCAUCGAUGAUCGGGAGUCCCUCUUGCGGAUUGUGGGCGACAUGAAAGCCACGCACAUAUCACGUAUUGAGGAGCGCGAGGAUCGCAUGGCCAGCCGAAGCAAGGAGUUCAUAAACAGCUACGUCGAGAAGCUAAGCAAAGAGGAAAUGGAGCGACAUCGUGCUAAAAUAUUGGAAAUUAAUUCGUUUAUGGAGAUGAUGACAAAGGCCAUGGCUAACCUACCUGAGGAGAUUCACUCGGAAUUGAUUUUGGAGGAACAAUAAAAUUUGGAGCUACUCUGGUUUCA